AUGACUCCACCUUCUCCCUCACCUGUGCCGUCCGCAGUCUCCUCCGCCGCCGCUUCACAACAUUCGCACGACCCUCGGGAUGGCGAUGCUUCGGUAACACGCGCCCUCGCGGGCAUGACUCUGUCCGCUCAUCCCAACGGGGAUGUGCUCCCCUCGCCGGCUCUCUCCCCCGGCAAACCAACCAAAGCAACCAUGGCCUCUCGCCUGACUCGUAUGUUUUCCAGCACGGGGAAAUCUACUCCGCCUCCCCACGAUGUGCACCGGGAUCUAUCCGACAGCAGCCUAGAAAGCAUUCAUCCAGCCAGCGGCAAAGAGAAGCCGUCUUCGAAACCUCCCUCCCAACCAAACUCCAGGCCUCCUUCUAGACCUCCUUCACGAGGUGCUAACUCCCGAACCCCAUCCCGAAACCCUUCACUCAAGAGCGAGCCUGUGGCGCAUUCUGAUAAAAAGAAGACCGAGGACAAGAAAUCCAAAGAUGGAGCUGCUCCUGCCCACAAGCGGUUCGAGGUCUUGCCGGAACACCUUGGCAACCAUUCGCAUCAUCUCCGCAGUGCCAGACGGCAGGAGAAGCUGACGGACCUCCUGCGCGAUAUGCUGGGAGGUCGGAAAAAGGACGAUCAGGUCGAUGAGCAGCAGUUGUCGCUCAUGUCGACCUGGAUUGACCAAUUCAAGACCGAGCGUGAUAAGCUGGCGGCUGAUAAGAAGGGUGGUCCGAACGCCACUGCUUCAUUGGUCGACAAGUACGGCAAGUGCCAGGAGAUUGUCGGCCGUGGUGCCUUCGGUAUCGUUCGCAUCUCGCACAAAGUUGAUCCUCAAGAUUCCAAGUGCGAACAGCUCUACGCCGUGAAAGAAUUUCGCCGUCGCCCACAGGAAACCACCAAGAAGUACCAAAAGCGACUCACUUCGGAAUUCUGCAUCUCAUCGUCGCUUCGUCACCCUAACGUCAUUCAUACCUUGGACCUCCUACAAGACGCCAAAGGCGAUUACUGUGAAGUCAUGGAAUAUUGCGCCGGCGGUGACCUCUACACUUUGGUUCUUGCUGCCGGCAAGCUCGAAGUCGCCGAAGCAGACUGCUUCUUUAAACAGUUGAUGCGUGGUGUGGAAUACAUGCACGAGAUGGGUGUUGCCCACCGCGAUCUCAAACCCGAGAAUUUGCUCUUAACUACCCAUGGUGCCCUCAAGAUCACCGAUUUCGGCAAUGGUGAAUGCUUCCGCAUGGCUUGGGAAAAGGAAGCCCACAUGACAGCCGGACUCUGCGGCUCAGCACCUUACAUCGCGCCCGAGGAAUACGUCGAGCGGGAAUUCGACCCUCGUGCAGUUGAUCUCUGGGCCACCGGUGUCAUCUACAUGGCCAUGCGAACAGGUCGCCAUCUGUGGCGUGUAGCGCGGAAGGACGAAGAUGAAUUCUACCAACGCUACCUUGACGGCCGUAAACACGAGGAUGGAUACGCCCCUAUUGAGACCUUGCAUCGGGCUCGUUGCCGUAACGUGAUCUACUCCAUUCUCGACCCCAACCCAUCCCGCCGCAUCAAUGCCUCACAGGUCCUUAAAUCAGAAUGGGUCCGUCAGAUCAAGCUGUGCAAGGCCGGCGAGGAGGGCUUCUAA